ACUGCUUCUCUCUCUGUUGUUUCUCUCUCGCUCUAGGGAUAUUUUUUUCGCAAAUUCUCAGCCGUUGAUUUCCGUCUGAAAAAGAUUUAAAAGGAGAACGUGUCUAGGGAGAGUUCCUGUUCUGGUGUCUUCCACUUGGACUUCCACCUCACUCUCUUUCACUCGCCAUGAAAGCAGGUUCAUGAAAGAAAUUAUGGAUUCAAGUUGCGAUUGCCGUAGUUGCUUCAUAGAUAUCAUUUAGGAUACACUCGGAUCUGAAUUUUGAAAUUAGGGCGUUUUACUGGGCUGGCCUGAAUGGGAACCGGGGAAGAGGGCGCACCUGCUAAACCUUCUAAACCAGCAUCUUCAACUCAGGAAAUACCAAUAACGCCUGCAUAUCCUGAUUGGCCAAGCUCUAUGCAGGCUUAUUAUGGUGCCGGAGCUACUCCACCUCCAUUUUUUGCCUCAACUGUUGCUUCUCCAACUCCCCACCCCUAUAUAUGGGGAGGCCAGCAUUCUCUACUCACACCAUAUGGGACACCAGUUCCGUACCGAGCUUUAUAUCCGCCAGGGGGUGUCUAUGCCCACCCAAAUAUGGCCAUGACUCCAAACUCAGUGCAAGCAAAUACAGAACCGGAAGGAAAGGGCGCCGAUGGAAAAGAGCGAAAUUCAGCCAAAACAUCUAAGGGUACUGGAGGAGGCAGGGCUGGCGAGAGUGGAAAGGCGACUUCAGGUUCGGGAAAUGAUGGUGCCUCUCAAAGCAAUGCUGAAAGUGGUAGUGAAGGCUCAUCAGAUACUGACGACGAAAAUAACCAUCAGGAAUAUGGUGCAAAUAAGAAAGGAAGUUUUGACCAGAUGCUUGCUGAUGCCAAUGCACAGAAUAGCACUCGGAAUAUUCAGGUUUCAGUGCCUGGGAAGCCUGUAGGCUCUAUGCCUGCAACUAAUCUAAAUAUUGGGAUGGACUAUUGGAACCCGUCUUCUACUGCUACUGGAGCUGCAAAAGUGAGGCCAAAUCCAUCUGGUGCCUCAGCUGCAGUCGCUCCUAUUUCAAGUGUAGCGCCUGACCAUUGGAUCCAUGAUGAACGGGAACUGAAAAGACAGAAGAGAAAACAAUCUAAUAGGGAGUCAGCCAGAAGAUCAAGAUUACGCAAGCAGGCUGAAUGUGAAGAGCUACAAGCCAGGGUGGAGACAUUGAACAAUGACAAUCGCAACCUUAAAGAUGAACUAAAGAGGCUUUCUGAGGAAUGUGGAAAGCUUACUUCCGAAAACAAUAGCAUUAAGGAAGAAUUGAUUCGGCUGUGCGGACCAGAAGCAAUAGAAAACCUUGAACAAAGCAAUAAUACUUCGCUCGCCCAGUCCCGUGGUGGCGAGGGAAACAGUAAAUAGUGAAAUCUUUGAGAGAGCACCCAGCCAACCAUAACUUUGUUUUUUUCAACUCUGGACAUGGCUGGCUUUAGUAGAGCAUAGAAUAUUAAUCUUCCUUACUGAUAUAUACCCUUAACCCUUGUGUUGUAACUGUAACAUUUAGUUCCAAAAUUUCAACUCUGUUCAGGCCAUAAAUCGAUCGGGAAAGCACCAUUGUAUGAAAUAUCUAUUUGAGAACGAAAGAGUGAUUGAAGCAAAUUUUCUUUUCACCAGGAA